AUGCGAGAAAGGCAGGGAGUCCGGCUUGGUCUGCGGGGGGCAGGUAACGUGAGACAUCACCCCACAAAGACUGUGAUCAGUAUCUACACGCCUUCUGUCCACAAGAUGGACGGACAACAGACUCUCUGGAUGACCAGCGGGCACGGCAAUCAGGAACUUAAAGUGGUCAGCCAAUGUAUAGAAGUUACGAAGGCGUCCACCUGGGUGUUGUCCGUGUGUUGGAAGAAGAAAAAGAAGGAGGGAGAAGAAGAGGAAGGAGAAAAAGAGGGAGAAGAUAAAGCAGAAGAGGAGGAAGGAGAAGAAGACGAAGUAGAGGAAAAGGAAGAGGAGGAGGAGGAAGAAGAGGAAGAGGAUUGGGAAGAAGAGGAAAUAGAACAAUAA